CAGUGUGUCGGUGGGUCGAUCCGCCCGCACUGUUUUCUUCAGCUUUCUUGCAUCCUCCCACUCGAGCGGCAGCAGAACAACGACUCGCUGUUCGCUAGCUAAUCCUUUUUUUUUUUUUUUUUUAGGAGAACCCCCAGCCGAUUGUGCGACUCCAUAAAAAAAGGCUGUAAGUGAGCGAACAACUACAUGGACUACUAGACCGAACAUGAAGAGCCUUAAAGCCAAGUUCAGGAAAACUGAUGUCAACGAGUGGAACAAAAAUGACGAGCGGCUGCUUGCUGCAGUGGAGCACGGCGAGGCGGAGAAGGUGGCGUCCCUUGUUGCCAAGAAAGGCGCCAGCCCUGUAAAGCUUGACAGCGAGGGCAAAUCAGCGCUUCACGUCGCAGCGUCACGUGGUCACGUCGACUGCCUGGUUGCCCUGCUCUCGCACGGCGCCGACCCGACAGUUGCUGACGUUGCAGGUUUGAAUCCGUUACACCUGGCAGCCAAGAACAACCACACAGAGUGCUGCAAAAGGCUAAUUCAGAGCAAAUGUCCUGUUGACGCAGUCGACGGCUCAGGAAGGAGCGCUUUGCAUCAUGCUGCUCUUGGUGGGAAGAUCCAGACUGUCCAAUUUCUGUGUGAACUGAAAAGUGCUAUCAACUUAAAAGACGCCGACGGGCACACCCCUUUGCUCCUGGCAGCCAAACACGGCCAUGCUGAAGUGUGCAUCGCUUUGCUCGACUGCGGCGCUGAAAUCAGCACUUCGGACAACAGUGGCAGGACGGCAUUGAUGCUCGCCGCAGAGUCCAAUGCGGUUGCUGUCGUGGAAGUUCUGGUUCACAGAGGGGCUCUUCUGUCAGCGGUGGAUUUGCAUGGCCACGAUGUCCUGCAUUACGCCAAAUUGCCCGCCAACUGUGAGGUCAGAGCUGCACUCACUGCUGCUCUGACCAGGCAGCUCCCUGAUCCCAGGUCCCCCUUAAGUCCUGCGCAUGAUCAAGUAGCUAAGCUAAAUGAUGAACGGAUCACAACUCCUAAAAAACGAAAAGCACCUCCACCUCCUCUUAGUCCACUGCAGAAGUCUGGAACGUCUUCUCCUGCAAUGUCUGGAACCCCCUCGUCCAGCAAAAGUGACACCCCAAAGCGAUUCUACGACAAGGACGAAGAAGUCCGAGAGGACUUUGAGAGGCUGCGCAACCACCAGACAAACAUGUUGCUGGAGACAACGGACGACUCGACGCACGCCGACGAACUGGAUCCGAAGGUUCAACCCGGUCUCGCGCCGUCGGCCGCUCUCGUUUCGGCCCUUCAAGCCAAAAUUACCGCUCUGACUUUGGAAAACCAGCAACUGGCUAGCAAUCUUAAGAAACACCCAUCACUCCAAGGAAACGAGGACCUGAAAGAAACCAGCCGUCCCGACAGCAUGACCUCUAACUCCUCCUUCCAUUCCACACGCGAUGACUUGGAGCCAGCAGCAGCUGUACCGUCCACCGCCCACGCACCGCGGGAGGACGGAAUCGAGGAGGAAGGGAGCCAAGAGGAGACCCGAUUGCUCAGACAGGCGCUCGAGAGCGUCCAGAUGAAGCUGCUGGAAAGCAGAAAAGAGAACCGCUCGCUGCAGGCUCUGGUGAAACCCGAGAGGAGCGGAGAAAUGGCCGAGGAGGGAAGCGUGAGGGGGAAAGCAAAAGAGCAAGAGUUGAUCGAGAGUCUGGCGGAGCUACAGGCAAAGCUCACCGACACGCAGGAACGGUACCACCAAGCCGUGGAGGAGGCGGACGAGUUGAGAGCACAGAUGGGAAGCGGCGACUUGACCAAUCAGCGGCGAGCGUCGGCGCUGGAGCAGGAAGUCAAGCAGCUCAAGGGGCAGCUCGUCCAGACGGGCUGGCAGCAUGAGAACGCCACGCAGAAAAUGAGACAGCUGGAGGAGGCGCUGAGGAAGGCCGAGGAAGAGAGACGGAACGUUCAAGAGAAAGAGGCCAGGGCGGCAAAGAUGGAGGAGCUGUAUAAGGAGGCGCAGGAGGAAAUCAGGAUGCUCCAGGAGGCUCUAAGGGGCACAGUUCCCGUGGAGGCGGCAGCCAAAGACUUUCAGGAUAUGAAGUCUGAGCUCAACGAAGUCAUUUGCGGGCUGCAGCGCCGCCUACUGGAGUUGUCGCAUUCCUACAGCGAAACGCGGGCUCAGCUCGGCGCCACGCAGAAGCAGCUGGCCGAGAGCAGCCGGCCGCCGUCGCCGCCCUCGGAGGAGCUGCAGCAGGAGAUGCAGAACCGGCUGGAGGAGAUGCAAACGUUGCUCGCCGAGACUGAGAAGAAGUACUCGGCGGCUCUGGAGGAGAUUUCCCAGCUGAGGCAGGAGGCGGAGCUUCAGGCGCAAAGCUCUGUAACCCUCGCCGACCACGCUCAAGUGAUGUCGUCGCUCGGCAACGCCAUCAAAGACUUGGAAAGCCAGUCGGAAGAAUUGAAAGAGCAGCUCCGACACAAGACCUUGCAACUGGACGCUCUCCAGAACAGGCUAGCGAUGGAGAAAGACACAACCUCAGAGGAUUCAAUCUCCGGCGAGGAGCACGUUAAAAUGCGUGAACAACUGGAGGGCGAGGUGAACCACCUGACGCAGCUGCUCCAGGAGGCCCUCCGUAAGCAGGACGAGAUGGCUCUGGAGGCAGCUGACGCCUGGCAGAAGGCGCGGGACAACCGAGCAGAGCGGGAGGCCAUCCAGGAAGUUCUGACGUCAACGGAGAAAGAAAAUCAGAGCUUGACUUCCAGGUUGGCCGAGUCCCAGGACGCUGUGUGUCAGCUCAAGCAGCUGGUGGAGAAUCACGUGGCGUCCGAGAGGGAGAAGAACAAGCGGAUCGACGACCUAUCUCGGGAAGUGGCUAAGCUAAAGGACGCCUUAAACAGCCUCUCGCAGCUCUCGUACAGCUCAGGAUCACCUUCCAAGAGACAACAGCAGAGCCAGCAGCUGGAAACCAUGCAGCAGCAAGUCAAACAGUUGCAGUUCCAACUAGCUGAGUCCAAGAAGCAGCACAAUGAGAUUGUGUCAGUCUACAGGAUGCAUCUUCUUUACGCUGUUCAGGGUCAGAUGGACGAGGAUGUGCAGAAAGCCUUGAAGCAGAUCUUGAUGAUGUGCAAGGUGCCAAGUCAAACCAAGGAGGCCUGCUGAGACGUACUGAGCGCGCUCCAAAGCCAACACACGCAAAAUAAACACACUGAAGUCAACUGAUGGUGCUGCCGCUGCUGCCAAGGUCCUGCGAGCGAGGCUGCAACACGGCACGGCGUGCCUCUGAACUUCUUACACGGUCUACUUGCAAAGUCACAGCUAGAAGAUUAAGGCAAAGCCCAAAAGCCAACAAGCCAUCUUCACAAAGUAGAUUUGAAAUCUCGCGUUGCUGCACGAAAGCAGCGACCACUUCUGUUACAUUGUGUGUGAGGGGGGGGGGGGGGCGGAGCCUAUUUGGUGCUGCCAUUCAUAGCGUCUAUUUUUACAAUGUUAUUUUUAACUCUCUGUCCAAAUGUGUUACCCUGGUACAAUCUAAAUUAUUUUUUUUUGCCCUGAUAGCGAUGCAUGAGAUCGUGGCCACAUUCGCAUGAUAUUUGUAAUUUUUUUUUUAAUGAUAUUAAAAUGGUGUUUUUGUCCAAGUUACUGUACUCUAAUGCAGAGAUUUGAAUGUUUUGUUUUGUCCUCCAAUGUAAAAAUGCACUAUUAUGUCUACUGACGCGUUUUUCUUCACACACCCUUCAUUAAAUUGUAAAAGUUGGAAUAUUUGGGGCAUAAAACGAUGUGGCUGUUUUCAGGUAUUGUGCCUGCACUUAUUGAGAAGACAAUUUAUUAUGACCGACAUGUUUGCAUCCCAGUUUGAGCUUUUCGACGCCAUAUUCAAAUAAUUUGAUGUCCCGGCUCCAUCUCAUCACUUUUAGUGUUUGAAGCACUUUUAUGUAGCGGAUCUCCUAAGACGUUUACUCCUCCACCAUUUUUUGCCUUAGUACUGUGCCAAGAUCCAUGUGACUUAAUAGGUGACUUUUUCUGGACUGUUAGGAAAAAACAAAAAAAAUUUGCCUGCUUUCAUGAUUGUUUCUCAUGUCUUGCUCAGGAAGUAUGUUCACAACACUCCUGAAGAAAAUUUAGUUUUCUUUCUGGUAAGUUUUGUUUUUUCACAUGGCAUCAUAACAUCUACCAUCUGGGCCUGUGAAAUAUUUUGUAAGGGAAAGCAAGAGAAAUAAAUUCAGGUUUAUUUGUUGCGUCUUUCCUAGAAGUUUUGUGGGGAUGUACAGUUGAUUUUUUUUGCCGUUAUGAAUAAACGUAACACUAAAAUAA